UCCGGAUGUCUGUAGCCACACAGAGCCCGCAAGUUUCUUAAUUAUAGACCCCAGCUACAAAAUAAAGCAUUUGUUCUCUCCGUUUGGGAGCCAGAACUCCUGAUUAAUUUCUGUUUUAGGAAGAGGAAUGAAAUAUAUGCUUCUUAUCGAAUAUAAACAGGGUGACUAAGAUGAUGACAAGCACUAUAUCUCCUUCAGAAUCAGCACAAGAUGUUGGAGCAGGAUUCCGUCCCAAGGAGAAGGAAUUGGUGAAUUAUUUUCUCAAGCUGAAAUUGCUUGGUCAUGAUCACCAAGUCCGUAGAAUCCCUGAACUUGACGUCUACAAGCAUGAGCCCUGGGAUUUACCCCAGUAUUCGGGAGCGAACUCGAGUGAUGAAGAAUGGUAUUUCUUUCAUCGUUGCCGUACCGGACGGCCUAGCAGGACAACAAAAGUUGGAUACUGGAAAAACACUGGUAGAAAAAGCAAAAUUAGAGACCAACAGGAAGAGAUUGGUACAAAAAGAAUUUUUGUUUUCUAUAUAGGCCGUACUCCUAGAGGGGAAAGAACAGGGUGGAUCAUCCAUGAAUACACUGCAGCUUUUAAUUUACUUAACCAGAGGGCUUUCGUUCUUUGUAAACUAUUUAAAAAAAGUAUGCCGGUCACUGGUGAAGUUGAACUUAGUCGCAAAAUGGCUGCUUGUAAUCUUGAAAAUCAGAAUUCUUAUCAGAAGACUAAUAAUUCAGCCUUCGAUGAAGGCGAAACAAGUCACCUUAUGACUUUUGAAAAUCAAGCAACAGAUUUUGCAAUUCAAGAAGAGGCACAUUCUCAACCGAUACCUCAUCUGGGAUCGUUUUACGGCUGUAAUGAACAGAAUCACAGACUUAACUCUGCUCUGAAUUCACCUAUGCAAGACUUUACCUGUGAUGAUCUUUGGGACUUCUCAUUUGAUGCCUGAAGGUUUCUUCUACGGGCUUGAACGUCGGUGUCAUUAACUUCCCAUUUCCUGGUUUAUUCUGGAGUAUAAUAUUACAACUACUGAGCUUAACUGCAGCAUUUGAGGGCAUUCAGUGACUUAAUUCUGCAGGAGACGCACAAUUCGGUUCCUUCCACCGCAUACUGAUAGGCCCAUGGAUCAUCAAUCCAUGAUAGGAGUAUGAGUUCAGAGUAAUGUUAUAAUUAGUCUAUAAAGAGUUCGUGUCUAUGAUGUUUAUGGCAACUGAAGUGUGUGUGUGUGUGUGUGCCAGUUGCCUUUUUAUUAUUUUUACUUUGAUGGAUUGUUAGUAAAGCAUGCAACCUAAUAGUUUGUCUAAACAAGCUAUAUUGUACCUCCAUAUCCUGAGUACUGAAUAUGUUGAAUUGAAGUUUCCUACUAGUUGUUUUCUA